AUGAAAUCGCCGCAGCUUUUCUUGGAGCCGGCAUUGCCGCAGCCGCAGCCGCACCCGUCGGAGCUCCGUGACUGGGGCCACCUCCCGGACCUGCUUCUCGGCGAAGUUCUCCAGCGCCUCGUGCCGUGCCUCCGCUCGCUCUCCUUCUUCGCCGCCACCUGCCGCCCGUGGCGCCGCUUCCUCCUCGCCUCCGUCUCCACCCUCCUCCUCCCGCGCAUACCGCCUCUCCUCCUCCAUCCAGGCUAUGGGGGCAGGUGCGCCAAUUAUUACUUCCUGCUGCACCUGCACGCAUGGUCGCCCCUGGUGAUCCGGGGGACCAUCACCUCCCCGCUCGCCGCCGCUGCCUCCCCCUCCCCCACCCUCCUUUCCUCUGCCCGCGGCCACCUCAUCCUCCUCGUCCGCCCCAGAGGCCUCCUCGUGCUCGUCGACGCCCUUACCGGCGCCGAGCGCCUUUCCCUCCCGCUCCCGUCGCCUCAUGCCCCACACCACUACGCUACCCUCACCCCGAACCACCUCGUCCUCUUCGUCUCCAAGCACGCGUUCGCCUCCCUCCCCUUCCCGCCCGCGAACCCCGGCGCCGCGGAGUGGAUGCACCACCGCCUCCCCCGCGCGGCCUCCUUCGUCGCGUCCGUCGUCGACUUCCGCGGCCGCGUCCUCGGCGUCACCGACCGCGCGCAGCUGCUGGAGUUCCGCUGCCUCGACGCUGCCGCGCCCCCGGACCAGGAGGCAGUCCAGAUGCUGACCGCCACCGGCCUCCCCGAGGCCUCCACGUUCGAGAGCUGGCACUUCGGGCCCCGCCUGGUGGUCGCCGGGGAGCGGCUGCUUCUGCUGCUGCUCAUGACGGACCCGGCUCAUCGCGGCGCGACGGGCCGGAGGGCGAAGGUGCACAAGGUGAGCGUGCACGCGCUCCAUGAGAUGCCGGAUGGGACGAUGAGGUGGGAGGAGGUGGACACCCUCGGGGGGUACAGCGUGUUCGUGGACUGCGCCGGGAGGAGCGCCAUCGCUUGCGCCGACGCGGCAGCCUACGGCGAAAUCGCCGGCAACUGCAUCUACUUCGCCGAGAUGACGUUCUACCGCGGCGAUUGGCAGCGCUACUGGAGGUCACUCACGCCGUGGUGGAAGUGGGAGCAUUCCACCGCCGGCGCCGGCGAAAAUAAGGACGUCACCAUCUCCCGCGCGUGGCCGUCGCAGACAUGGGUCUACCCGAGACUCUUCUUCCAAACCUAG